AUGUCCUCUGCUCAUGAUGCCACCACCAAGAUCUCCAUCGACAAGUUCGACGGCGACAACUACGCGACGUGGAGCCGCUACAUGCGUGGCGUGUUCCUGACCAAGUCGGCGUGGCACGUGGUGAACCGGGGAGACCACCCCCCACCUUCGCCGAUCCUCGCGCCAGUGACGACUACAUCAAGACGAACAACAUUGCGUUCGGCUUGA